CCUGUUCAUCCUCAACUAUAAUAACUGUCAAGCUCCAUUUUCCCCCAAACUAAGGAAACCACGGAGAAAGCAGGAGAGGCAAGCAGGCUUAAUUGCAUAUUUGCACCCGCUCUCCUCUCUCUCUCUAACCUUUCACAAAAUUCAAACCCUAACCAACUCACUUAGGAAUCAUCCCAAACAUCAAAAUACAUUCAAUAACAUCUUCAUUUUUUCUCCCAAAAAAAAUUGAAAAGAAGAUAGAGGCUGAAUAUAGGGGCAAUUAAUUAUUACGGAGUUUAUUGCAUUUGCAUUUGUAUUUGUAUUUGGAUUGAUUCAUCAUGAAAGUAGACCCAGAUAAAAGCUGUGAUAAUAGCCCGAUGGCGUCUUCCAACAGCCCCGGGUCAGCAUCUCACAGGAAUGGAUCAUUGUCCUUUCCAUUCCCAUUCUUUUCCAUUGAAAGCUUGUCCUACGGCAAGAUCCCCGACGAGCCCUUAAAGUUCACCGUCCUCAAAUUAGACGGAUCUUCUUUCGAUAUUGAAGUGACGGGAAACAGAACAGUGGCGGAGCUGAAGAAUGCGGUGGAAGCAGCGUUUAGUCAUUUGGAAGAAGAUGGUGCAAUGGAGGUCUCAUGGUCACACGUAUGGGGGCACUUUUGCUUGAGUUAUAAUGGCAAGCAGCUGCUCACUGACUCUGACUCUAUUGAAAGUCAUGGAAUCCAGGAUGGUGAUAAGCUUGCUUUUACUCGGCAAGAAACCGUCAUUCAGCCAGUAGAGAAUGAUGAAUCAGAAGGAGAGGACUCUGAUGUAUCUAAUGGCACUGGAGAUACACUAGCCGAAUGCAAAGAAAGCGACGAAGGAAGUAUAGAGGGCGAUAGAGGUGAGCGCGAUGAGAACAAGGAAGAGGGUGUUGGGAAGAGCAGAUUGGUUUACUUCUUAAGAAAGUGGUUUUCGUACAGUAGAUUUCGAGCUAAAGAGCAAGGAUGGAGUGAAAUGCACCAAGAAUAUGCCCUGGUUUCACAGGAGAUUUUGUAAAAAUGUUGCAGAACUAACUUAAGUAAUAAACUGGUUUCUCCUUUCUCAAACACAGACUUGGAACGCAUGCAGGUCAUCAUGGUAGGUAGUUUUUAAUUUGUUGGUCGUGGGAUAUGAACGAAGCUGCCGGUCGAUGAAACCAUCUUUUAAUUUAUUAUUGUUCACCCUUCAUUCUUUAACUCUUUUCCUAUUCAAUUCAGAGUUGUCUUCCAAAUGUAUAAUGUUGGAGAGUUCCACAAUGAUGUACUCCGAUCCUCUGACAACAAACAAUAAUUGUUAUGGGUUUAAUCUUAUGACAAAAUUGGAGGGAGAA